AGCGUUGCGCUCAGUCGCACGUCAACCUCUAUGGCAAUAGGGCGUACCAUUGGGUGUUCGCUCCUCCGUUGGUCGUCGCAUCGGGUCAAAAGCUGCGCAGAGGAAAACAGGUGCGGAAGCAAGGAUAACGCAGUGGUUAAUUAUAGGGAUUAUUGAUUGGCAACAUGGCCUGCCGCACGUCGUUCCUGAAAGCCGUUCUUAUCGUUCUCAAUGUGCUGCUAUCGCUGAUUGGAGUGACUUUGAUUGCUCUGUCCGUGUACGAGCUGAACAGCUCUACGCCGGGCACCUUCGAGCACAUCGCCAUCGUGGUUCAGAUCUUCGUGGGCACCUUCGUGGUCCUGACCUCGUUUCUGGGCUGCUUUGCCACCGCCCGGGUUUCCCUGGGACUGGUUUGGAGCUAUGUGAUCUGCCUGCUAAUCCUGCUGUGCCUGCAGAUCUACAUAAUCGCCGCAGCUCACUCUACGGACUACGUGGAGCGGUCCAAGAAGGACUUCCUGGUCAUCUGGGCUGAUCGAAGCGCCAAUGUGGAACGCAUAACGCUGCUCCAGCAAAAGUACUCCUGCUGCGGCCAGCUGGGCGCCCACGACUAUAUCCUGAUGGGCCGGGGAAUACCCUUGAGCUGCUACAGGGCGCAGGAGCGGCGUGAGAACACCCUCUUCACUGAGGGCUGCCAGCAGGCUGUGCAGGCGCAUGCCACCGACAACGUGGCCAUCGGACUCAUCAUCAAGUGGCUGCUGCUUCUGGUGGAGUUCGGCGCCCUGGGAGCCGCCACGCACUUGGGCAUCACGGUGCGCAAUAAAUUGCGGCGCGAAAGAUUCUAGGAGAAUCGGUUGUUGGCAACGCAUAAUCCGAUAUCAAUGAAUUUUUAUAGCAGUUUAAGAUGAUCUGGAGGCAACAGAAGCGUAGAAUAAAAAAUAAACCAAAAUCAUAAUAUUCAA